AUGCACAGCUGCACGGCUAUGACAUCCCGGCCAAAACCAAUGUCAUGGUCAACACGUGGGCCAUCGCCCAUCGGGAGGGAUAAAGAUUCAUGGGAGAACGCCGAGGAGUUCCGGCCAGAAAGGUUCCUGGGCGGAACCAUCGACUACAAUGGAAACGACCCCCGGUUCCUACCGUUCGGCGCAGGGAGGAGGGGGUGUCCCGGUAUGGCCUUUGGGACGCGCCUCACGGAGCUCACGCUGGCCAACAUGAUGUACCAUUUCGACUGGGAGCUGCCGGGUUGCCAGGAUCCGGACUCGUUUGAGCUUGUUGAGGCAAGCUGGGUGUCGCCAGGCCUUAAGUCUGCCUUGAUCCUUGCCGUAAAACCUCUGUAA